CCAUAUUUGCCAUUUGUUCUAUAAAUAAGUGAAAGUUAAUCGUUUCUCAAAUAUAUAUUUGAUUAAAUAAAAUUAAAAUCAACAAAAAAUGACAUCUAUUUGAAAUUACAUUUUUUUGCAUGGUAUAUAAACCGUCCGUCGAAAAGACUCUUCUUCACUUAUAAAUUAUCAACCAUGACAGACGAGAAGAAAAGUUUUGAAGAAAAUGUGCGGGACAAUAAUGGGAAAGACUGGUUUCAAAUUUUAGUUAUUAUAACAGGCUCUAUUUCGAUGUUAAAUAGUGGUCUAAGUUACUAUUGGACAUCUCCAUUUAUACCAAAAAUAGUGGCAGAGAAAGAAAAAUACAACAUAACAGAAGAACAAGCUUCAUAUUUUGCAGUAUGUAACCUGGUUACUCUGACAAUUGGAUCGCUUUUCUUCACCCCCAUCGUUCAAUGGCUUGGUAGAAAAAAAUCACUUUUACUAUCCUCGAUACCAUAUUUUCUAUGUUGGCUGAUAAAAGCUUUUGCAACCAAUCUCUGGUUACUAUACGGUGCUAGACUUUUGUCGGGACUCGGUGACGCUAUCGUCUCCUCCCACGGUUUCGUUUACGUGGGAGAAGUAGCAAGUCCUAAGAUAAGAAACAUUUGGGGUAACGUUCCGAUGUGUUUUAUGUUUCUAGGUCAAUUGGGCAUAAAUGUUUUGGGUUUGUAUUUCAAUAUCCAAACGACCUCGUAUAUUUGUAUAAGCGUAUUGAUUCUUUUCACCAUUACAUUCCCAUUUAUGCCCGAAACUCCUUAUUUUUAUAUAAACAGAGGUCAAUACGAAGAAGCUAAAAUAACUUUGAGAAAACUCAGACGCAAACAAAACAUCGAUGAAGAAUUUGAACAAAUUAGAAUGUCGAUUACAAAACAGCAAGAGAAAACUAGCAGCUCUUGGAUUGAUUUGAUUACGGUCGUAGCUCAUCGAAGAGCUUUAGUUGCUGCCGUAUUUCUGAGGUUUUCUCAAAUAUUUUCGGGGUUAUUUGUAUUUGGGUCGUAUACUCAAUUCAUUUUUCAAAAAGUUGGUACAAAUAUGAGCCCCGAAUAUUCGACAAUCAUCUACACGGCUGUAAAUUUCGUUUUAUACACUUUCGGAGCAUAUUUCUCUAGUAAAUUAGGGAGGAGAAAGUCUCUUAUUUAUUCUCUUGUUCUAUGUGGAUUCAACGUAUUGGCAGAGUCGAUAUUUUUCUUUGUUGAAUCCAACUUUCCGGAUCUGGAUUUAUCUUCCGUACAAUUAUUUCCCUUGGUUGGUAUGUUGUUGUUUUUGGUAUUUUCAUGCUUUGGUGUUGGGCUAGUACCACCUUUGAUGCUUACGGAAUUAUUUUCCUCCAAUAUAGCCGCUGAAGGAUGCGCUAUUGUGGCAGUAUCUUUCGGAUUAUUGAGUGUAGCUGCUAAUAGUAUUUUCUAUUAUCUCAUUAGUUACACUGGAUUAGCAGGACCUUUCUUAUUGUUCGCAAUUUGUAAUUUUGCAUCCGCUAUUGUAACUUAUUAUAUUAUACCCGAAACUAGGAACAAAACAUUAGCAGAAAUUCAACAAACUUUGAUAAGCGGUAUCAAUUAAAAAAAAAUUAAAUGUUGUAUCUAACCUUAAUCACGGAAUUGUUUGUUUUCGUACAAACAUGAUUACGAUGUUGAAUAUUUGACAUUCGAUAUGAAUGGUUCGACAUAGGGAUACACACAUUUGUUUUUAUCUGUUAUACCCACAAUUAUUAUUCUAAUUACUAUAUAUAGUACAGUCAUCUGGUAGUUUUACCUGGGAAAAAUUCCGAGAGUUUUGAAAAUGAGUAAUUUCAUAGAUUUUGAUAUGCUCUUUCAGAAUUUUCAGUUCACUACUUCGAAGCUUUGCUACUCGUACUUUUAACUAUUUUUAAAAACAGUUUUCUACUGAUAUCUCCUUUUUGAUGCAUUUCACGAUAAAAAUAUCUAUCUACAUAAUUAAACUAGAAAAAAUUUCCUCCAUAAAAUGGAUAAUUUUCGCGUAAAAUCGUCUGUUAUAGGCGUUUUCCGAAAUAAUUCUUCUCUACGUUGAGGAAGAGUCAACGGUACAUUGAACAACGAUUAAAUAACGAUUCAGACGUCACAAAUUCAUUGUUAGUUUCUUCUUCGUUUCAAAUUUCAUCAUUUUGUACAUUGAAAACUGUUUGUCUUUCGCAAUCAAUUUUCGCAAUCAACAUCCAAGUAAUCCGAAUUAUAAUAAUUUUAUAUCGGUUUUUUUGCAGUAACAGACUUUUUUUACAUUUAAAAUACAGUUUAGUAGUAAGGAGGUGACAUUAUUUUACUUUUUUAUACAUACUACGUGAACUACUAAGCACACUAGUCCUUCAAAAAUAUCACUUUCCGUUUUACAAUUUACUUACGAAAAGUUUGUAAUCCUUGACUUUAAAAACGCUAAUGACACUUUAAAACGUUCAGUGAUGACUAUUACCGAAUAUUCUAAAGAGUUCUUUACGCAAAUAUUUUGUGGAAAAAAACAGAGGAGCCCAAUUAAUUAACUUAUACCUACCAUAUCAUUCUAUGAAAAAAUUUGUUACUGCGAAUGAAUGGGAUACUGUACUUACCAUAUUUCGAGGUAGUUCAUCAAAAGAUUGCUUUUGGACGCCAUUUUUUCAAUAUGGUGGUAAAGAUACGACAUGGCAAAUUGGAAAUGCAUGAAAAGAAAAUCAAAAUUCACCCAUUUUCAAUACUACCGGAAAUUUUGUUUGUAACCCCUUUUUUGACCAAAUGACUAAUAUGUACAUAGAAAAUUAUAAAAAAUUAUCAAUUUAAAUUAUUAACAUACAUAUACAACCCCCAUUCUUCUAAUUAAUCCACCAACUACACCAACACUCACAUUUACACUGUCUGACGCGCGUUUCGAUAACCGAGUUAUCGUCUUCAGAGACUGAAGGUAAACUAAAAUCUAAUGACUUGACUUAUCUGUUUUAUGCUGAAUUUUCUCACCAAUAUAUUUUCUCCCACGAAAAUUAAUUUCAUUUGUGAGAAAAUUUUGCUUAAAAUAGGUAAGUCAAGUCAUUAGAUUUUAGUUUACCUUCAGUCUCUGAAGACGAUAACUUGGUUUUCGAAACGCGCGUCAGACAUUCAAUGGGACGAUGAAGAUAAUUCAUUUAGGAACUAGGAUGUUCUACAGACAUCUGUUAUAAAAUAUAUAAAAAUUAACGAUAAGAAUCAAAUCAUCAGUUUACAAAAUGUCAGUUUAUAAUUUGAAUUAUCAAUAUUUCCUAAUUUUCUAUGUAUAUCUAUAGUAAUUGAAUAAUAAUUGAACUAAAUUUGAGAUAUUUCAUGGAGUAUAACAGAAUUAUUCAAGAAAAUUCUUCCAUCUUGAGCCAAACAUGAACAUUUUAAUGAUAGCAAGAAUUGAGGAAAUUCAGACAUUCGAAGAUUGUCUUCAUAGGCGGUGUGUCUAUCAAAUAACGAAAUUGAGCUAUAAAAUUAUUUCAUUUCGAAUCCAUAUUCCAAUUAACUCCAUUGUUUGAAAUUGGAAACCUACUGUAAGAUCCGUCAGGAUUUAUUUCCCUUUCUCUUUCGUAGCUUUAACCAACUUCUUUCAAUAUAAAUUCCAUUUUAAAUAAACGUCAUGUAUCUAGAUCGGGCGAAUAAAGUGGAUGGGAUACUGUUAUUUUACGUUUCCAAAAAGUUUGUGUCAUUUUAAAUGACAUUAGUCUUAGUAAAAAUCUCCUUCAUAGCUUCUUGUUGUACAAACGAUUUGAUAUGCUAAAAUAAUCAUGUAGAAAAAUUCGUACAAAUUUUAAAACAAUUCCUACAGUUUUUACAAUACUUAAUUGACGAUUUGUUCGAUUUUCGCAAUCUGCAAUAACGUGAUUCGUCUAGAACUUCUUCUCGACCAUCUUGAAUACUCUUAGAUAUAAAACUUAUCGCCAUAAACUAUAUUAUCAGCUUUACAUAGAAACUACGGCUAUACUGAUUUAUCUCUAGUAGAACACUACAUUUACAUUUCUUUUAUAGCUCCGUCAAUCUCGUUAUUCAAUAAUCAUACCCCAUGAAUUACACGCCGAAUGUUUCUUCUUUUAUGAAAGCUUCGUUGAAGUAAAUUUGAUCGAAUGGUCUUCUAAGUCUAGGUGAAAGCUGUGUGAGUGUUUGUAUGUUGAUGAUAGUUCAAGGCUUUGUAGCAGGUUCUAAGUAUGCUCGAUGCGAGUGAGGUCGAGCAAUGCCAAAUAUUCAAAGCUACUAUGCUUGCACGAUGCUGUCAAGCAGCACGGAACAAAAGUUAUUAUUCAUAAAAAGUCGUUUAUUGGAUCUUUCCAUAGGCUAUCAAUUAUAGUAUUUGUUGAUGUCGCUUUCAUAUAUUUAGCUUGUAUAUGAAACUAAUAUUCCAAUGUGAUAUGUCUAGUAUAUAAUAUAGUAUAAGAUAGUAUGAAGGUCGAGGUUAUUAUUAGUUUGUUGGAAUUCUAUUACUUUUUUCGUGGUGUAGUCAGAAAAAAGUUUAACAGGGUUUUGAUAACGUGAAAUAGUUGUAUUAAUAAUACUCAAUUAGGGAAAAGUUGAUUUCCAAAUAGGAAAUAGUAAAAAACUAUCAAGAAUUUUCCAAAAAAAAAGAUUGUCUCAAUGGAAGGGAGUUUUAUUAUUGAAAAUCCACCAAAAAACUUUUUAAAUGAUUAAACAAAUAUGUAUAUUUCUAAAGAAAAACAAUUAAAAAUCUGUAAACAUGUUUUUGUUCUCAAUUUUUCUAAAAAAAUCAAGUUUGGUAAUAGAAAUUCAAUAAAAUGAGAAAUACCAGCUUGUUAAAUUGAGAAAAAUGUAACGAAAAUUCAAUUUUCAUAAAGUAAUUGCUGUUUUCAACAUUUUUUUAAUUUUAAAACUCGUUAUAAAUAACCUAUUCUUUAUCAUCAUUAUCAUUUUAGUAGUUUUUUUUUUUCUAUUAAAUUAUGUAAUAUAAAUUAUUAUAAAUAUUAUUGUUUUAAAAAAAUCAUCACACAAUAGUGUGUAAUAGUCUUUAUUCUUUCCCUGCUUUAAUCUAGGAGUGUCUACAAUUUCCUUACCCUAUGGUUUUAUCAAACUAUCUUCGCUGUGCUCUGCAAUAUAAUGGGAAGACAGUCUCGCACAAUUGGAAAUAAUCGAUUAAUACUGAUAAUGAGAUAUUUUCUGGCCACUGGUAUACGAAAAAGCGCCUCAUUUGUAUCAUGAAAGUCGUUUAGUAUCCAGUAACUCCUUGCUACACAAUGGUUGAACUACAACUGUCGAGAACUUGGUUCAAUCAGUAUCCAAUUAUACAUAAAUUAUUCUACUGUAGCAUUUUACAAAGUGUAUAUUUCGAGGCCUGAAAAAUGACAUCAUAAAAGAUAAUAUAAUUCUUCAGUUUCCAUUGCUGGGUCUAUAAUUCAAUGGUAUUCGGUUCUAGAAUCAUUUGUAUAUAGUCCUUCUAUUUAUUCAUAAAUUAGUAAGGGUAAAAAACUUCUUCAAGACAAACGAAUACGACCUAUAUAAAAUCUGAUCAUAUUUUUGUCUAUUUAUGUAGUUUAUCUCCGUAUUAGUGAAGUUUUAGAUCUUUUUAUUGUCAAGAUAUGAAGAAUUUAGCUAAUUUGCUAUUCGAAAAGUAGUUAGUGUCAAAUUGACUGCUAUUAUUUGUGUUAUAUUCAAAUUUCCUUCAAUUUACUUGCUGAUCUACAUGCGUAAUCGAUUUGGAACAGAAUUGAGGUUAGGUCUACUGAAUCUACUUACUCAUUUCGUAAAGGGGUUUUCACACUAUAAAAUCGAAUCAUGGAGUUUAUUGUCGGUAUUGGGACUAUUCAGUCUUAAUAAUCUUUUCGUGGUGUUUCCGAUCUUCUUAAUUAAUAUUCUAAUAUAAUUUGGAUUGUUAUAUUUUUUUAUUUCUUGACAAGAGUAAUAAUGAUUAUUAUUAACAAUACAGGGUGUCCCACGACGAGUUAAAAUUAUCUGUAUAUGGCAAAAUACUUAAUAGUAAAAUCAUGACAAUUUCUAUGUUUGGUUUUUCGGAUACGAUCUUUUUAACUAAAAUAUUUAACUGUAUUUUUGUUAUUUUAAAUAAAACAUCCUGUAUAUUAAUACAGUUUUGAAAUCUACGUGAAAUUAUAGUAUACUUUUGUCUAAAAACUUGUUUUGAAAAAUGCAUACUUUUUAAGUAAUUAAUUGUUUUGUAAAAAAUUUUACUGUUGAAGACCCUUACAAACAAUUUUUUUUCGACGAUACCCUUAAAGAUAUGAAAAUGGUUUCUAUUCGGUUACUUUUAGCAAGGUUAGACAUAUUUGAAUCUAUGUUAGAAAAUUUUUCAUUUCAUACAGGGUGUGUAUAAAAAAUGUUCAAAGUUUAACUGCAUAAAUAUCAAAUUUCUCAUAUCUAUAAUUUCUUAGUAAGUUUUAAUUUUUUAUGUAUACUUUUAGUAGGCUUUGUAAUAAAUAACACUUAUUUAACUGGCACUAAUCAAUUGUUGAUACAUUCGAAAAUCGUUAAAAUGGCUCGUUCUCGAUUUAAAAACGAAGAUUAUGUAAAUUUGUUUUCAAUACAUGGUGAAUGUGAGAAAGUUGUUACAAAAACAUGUCCUUUAUUUGCUGCAAAUAUCCAAAUAGAUCUCGACCAAAAUCAUUUAAUAUCUGGAUAACAAUAAGAUUUAGGUAUAAGAAAGUAUAUAUGAAGUUGCCUCAUUUUUCACCCCUGAAUGCAUUAAAAUAGAAAAAAUCGGGUGGUUCUAUUAUAAAAAAUGAAGAAAUUUGAUAUUCAUGAAGUUAAACUUUCAACACUUUUUAUACACACCCUAUAUAAAAUGAAAAAUUUUUCAACAUAGAUUCAAAUACGUUUAAUCUGCUCAAAGUAAACAAACAGAAACCAUUUUCAUAUAUUUAAAGGUAUCUUCGUAAAAAAAUAAUUUAUAAGUGUCUGAAACGUUAAAAUUUUUUACAAAAAAAUUAAUAACUCGGAAAGUAUCCAUUUUUCGAAAAAAAGUUUUCAGACAAAAGUAUACUAAAAUUUCAUGUAGAUUUCAAAAAUAUGUUAAUAUAUAGGAUAGAACCGGAAGUCGGCCAUCUUUGAAAAUAUAUUAGUUAAAAAGAUCGUAUCCGAAAACCGAAACGUAGAAAUUUUCCUUUGAGUAUUUUGCCACAUACUGAUAGCUUCAACUCGUCGUGGGACAUCCUGUAUAUUUACUAAAAAAUAGAAAUCAAUCACCAAGUAUUAUGAAAUAAUUGUACAAAACACUGGGUAUUAUCUCCAAUAUUUUUGAUUCAAAAAUGCAAAAAUUAUUGAAAAAAGUGAUGAAGUGAUUUUUUUUAACUUUUCUAGUUUUUUAUAUUAUUUUUAAAUUUCAUCUAUUUUUUCAAAUUUAUAUCUGAAGUUCGGAGGUAAUGUGAAAAAAGCAUCCUCUCACUUUAUUUUUAAACUGAAUUUUUCCCUAAAUGAGUGCUUCUAGUACUACUAUAUUUCGUUAUCAAAGCUCGGUGGAAAAUGUCUUCUGAUAUGAAAUAUAAAAUUUAUUUCUACUAAGAUAAUUAUUUCCUGUUAUAAUAGGAUAAUAUUGGAUUGUCUAUCAUUUUCUUUAAACUGUCAUGGUUGAUACGAAUAAGUUGUAGCGCCUAAUAAACAUUUUUCAAUUACAUUUUGUCACAUUAAACAAAGUGAUUCUACAAAAUCUGCCGCAACAGCCACUUUGUUAGAAUGCACGUCAAUAACACGAAACAUUUAAGAUGAUAAGUUGAACAAUAUGGCGAAAAAGCAGAAAAUGAAUUAUAUGAAUGUGAAAAUUAUGUAAUAUGAAUUUUAUGGAACAAUAAUACAUUUUGUAAUAAAUUUUAAAUCAAC